CUCAGCCUGGCAAGGCUAACCAGCUGAGCUUUAUUCAGAUCCCGGGAUUUCAACGCUAUAAUCACAACGAAAAUGUUAUCACCGAAAAAUGCCCUCCUAGGCGUAAUCUCAGGGCUAUUACUACUGUUAUGCUUUGCAAAAGGCGAUCCCCUCAUAGAAGUGUUUAGAUGGAAGCAGAUGGACUUUUAUAAUCGUGGGGAUGGUCACUUCAGCUUGGGCGGCAGUAGACCAGACAGACCCAGCGUAUCGGCUCCGGUUGUCUUUCCUGGAAGAUAUUCUCGUUCAAAGCGUGAAAGCCUGACCUCUCGUGAUUCUCCAGUGGGCAUUCAUUCCCGAGUCAACACCGGCAAUGAUAAUGCUAAUGCCCCCUACAUUCCGUACAAUAAUGUGCCCAUGGGUGUUACCCAUUUUCGGGGUCGCCUCUUCGUCACCAUGCCCCGGCGAAGAGUUGGCAUUCCGUCCACCUUAAACUACAUUGAUCUGUCCAGGGAAAGUCGCGAUCGCAGUCCCAAGCUGAUGGCCUAUCCCAAUUUUGCGCUGAAUCAGUUCAACGAGAGCGCGGAAAAUCUGGUUUCCGUCUAUCGAACCACAGUGGAUGCCUGCCAGCGUCUAUGGUUCAUCGACACUGGAAUGCUUGAAUAUCCGAAUAACCGCCAACAGAUUCGGCGCCCCAGCAUCUGGAUCGUCGAUCUGGCCACCGACCGGGUGGUCAAGCGCUUCGAUAUACCCGAAAGCAUUGCGGAGACUGGUCGCGGCCUGGCCAGCAUUACCAUUGAUGUACAGCCGGGAGAGUGCGGCAAUGCUUAUGCUUAUAUUCCGGACCUGGUUUAUCGCCGACUCUAUGUCUAUCACCUGCGGGACGAUCAAAUCUGGGCUUUCGAGCAUAAUUACUUUAACUUUGACCCGCUGGCUGGUGAUUUGAACAUUGGCGGGCAGACCUUCCGCUGGGAUGAUGGCAUCUUCUCAACCACUUUGGGACCCCAACAACCGGAUGGCAGUCGGAGUGUCUACUUUCAUCCAAUGGCCAGCACAAAUGAGUUUGUGGUCUCUAAUACGGUUCUCAAGGAGCGGUCGAAUGCGGCUCGCUCCGAUCACGGCAACGAUUUCCGUGUCCUUGGCAGCCGCGGUCCAUCCACUCAGUCCACCAUGCACGAGUACGAUCCAAAGACAGGUGUGAUCUUCUUUGCCGAAAUUCAGAAGAACGGCGUUGGCUGCUGGAACACGCACAAACCGUUCUCGGCGGAAAGCCAUGGAACAGUAGAUUCCAAUGCCAGGGACAUGAUUUAUCCCAGCGACUUGUCGAUCGACGAAGAUGGCACCAUUUGGGUCAUGUCGAACUCGAUGCCCAUCUUCAUUUACUCCACACUGGACACGGAUGUGUACAAUUUCCGGAUCUGGAAGCAGAGGGCAUCGAGGGCCAAGAGGGGAACAGUUUGCGAGUGAUUUUUUGUGUGUUUGGAAUUGCUUUAAUGAAUGUUUCUUUCACAAGGUUGUUAAAUAAGUAAUAAUAUAUAUGCAUUUUGUAUAUUCGAAUUUACCAACUGAAACUUAAAUAUAUACAUAUAGAAAAUA